CUGACCUCCACACCACGCCUGGGAUUAGCUGAAAAUGGCCAGGAGAUUCAUUCUGUUGCUCGUCUUAGCUGUCUGCCUGAGCGGAAGUGCCAGCGGACAAAGAGACCAUCCUCGUGGGCGUUCCUUUGAUGCCGAAUCGCAUCCCAUCAAGCAUGCAGAGGAGCAGCAGACCCAGUACUGGGUGGAUAAGGCCCAGGCGAAGCUGUUAUCGAAGCUGGCCGAGCAGCAGUCCGCGACCACAAACAAGGCCAAGAACGUGAUUCUGUUCCUGGGCGAUGGAAUGUCCGUUCACACGGUCACGGCCACCCGGAAUCUGCUGGGCGACAGUGCGGAGCAGGUGUACUUCGAGGGAUUUCCCUACACUGGCUUGUCCAAGACCUACUGCGUGAACCGCCAGGUGGCCGAUUCCGCCUGCACGGCCACCGCCUAUUUGGGCGGUGUGAAGGCGAACUAUGGAACCAUUGGCGUGAACGCCAAUGUGUCCAGAUACAGCUGUGAUGGCGCCGCAAACGAGGAGGAUCAGGUGCACAGCAUCGCGCAGUGGGCACAGGCGGCUGGCAAGGAUGCAGGUCUGGUGACUACAGCCCGGGUGACUCAUGCAUCACCGGCUGGCGUUUAUGCCCACAUCGCAGAUCGCAAUUGGGAGAACGACUGGGAGGUGGCCAACAGGGAGUGCGAUCCCGAGCAGACCAUCGAUAUUGCUCGCCAGCUCGUGGAGCAGCCUGUGGGUCAGCAGCUGAAGGUAAUCCUUGGAGGCGGUCGCAAGAACUUCAUUGACGCAACGGUGAACGAUGAGGAGGGAUAUCCCGGGCAGCGUACCGACGGUCGCCACUUAAUCCGCAGUUGGUUGGAUCAGAAGAAGGAGGCCAAUGUCUCAGCCAAAUACGUGUGGAGUCGCAAGGGACUCAGUCUGGUGGAUCUCGAGAAUACGGACUACCUUUUGGGUCUCUUUGCCAAUGACCAUCUGCCGUACAACGGUGAUCGGGACAGGAAACGUAGUCAGUUGGCGGAUCCAUCGCUGAGUGAGCUCACAGAGGCUGCCAUCAAGGUGUUGAGCCGCAAUGACAAGGGAUUCUUCCUCUUCGUCGAGGGUGCUCGUAUCGACAUGGCUCACCACGAUACCUUCGCCAGGAGAUCCCUCGAGGAUACCGCUGAGUUGGCGCGGGCCGUCCAGAAGGCCCGGGAGCUUACCUCCGAGGAUGACACACUGAUCGUGGUGACCGCUGAUCAUGCUCAUGUUAUGUCCAUCAAUGGUUAUCCUUAUCGUGACCAGGAGAUCACCGGAUUGGCACAGCUGGCGGAUGAUAAUCUGCCCUAUACGAUUUUGUCCUAUGCCAAUGGACCCGGCUACUACUCCGGCUACAAUCGUGCUGAGGGACGUGCCCUCCUAAAGGAGAAGUUGGUGGCGGACUCAGACUAUCAGUAUCCCACGCUGGCGCCCUUGGACGCGGAAACCCACGGAGGAGACGAUGUGGCGGUGUACGCCUCGGGACCCUAUGCCCAGUACUUCAGCGGCAACUACGAGCAGAGCAAUAUUCCGGCGCUGAUGGCCAGAGCAGCGGGUAUCGGUCCCUAUGCCUAGGAUCAGGCUGCUUUUCUUGACGCAUGUAAAACUCCUCUCGCUGAGAUGGAAUAAUUAAAAUGCAUCAUUGCUAAACGAA